AUGACUCAAAGUCUGGACGACUGCUUGCAGCAAUACGUGUGUGUGUUUGAGCGCGGAGGUGUGUGCGGGGAGAGGCUGUUGAGGAUUAGCCACGCCGAGCUGGAGGAGCUGGGAGUUUCUCGCAUCGGACACCAGGAGCUCAUUCUGGAGGCGGUGGACUUGCUCUGCGCUCUGAACUCAGGUCUGGAGACGGAGAGCGUCAGGACUCUGGCUCACAAACUGGGUGCCUCGGCCAAAAACCUGCAGAACUUUAUUUCCGGCCGCCGCCGCAGCAGCCAAUCGGAGAGCAGGAGUUCGCGGCGACUCCCCAAUGAUCUGCUGACCUCCGUGGUCGACCUCAUCACCGCCGCCAAGAGCCUGCUAGCCUGGCUGGACAGGUCUCCCUUUGCUGCAGUGGCAGACUACUCAGUAACCCGAAAUAAUGUCAUUCAGCUCUGCCUGGAGCUCACCACCAUUGUACAGCAGGACUGUACGGUGUUUGAGACAGAGAACAAAAUCCUUCAUGUGUGCAAGACUCUGUCGGAGGUGUGUGAGCACAUAGUGUGUGUGUCAUCGGAUCCGCUGGUUUCUCAGUCAGCCCACCUCGAGCUGGUUCACCUCACCAACAUCAAACCCUCUGAGGGCCUGGGAAUGUACAUCAAGUCAACCUACGACGGCCUCCAUGUGAUCACAGGAACUACUGAAGGGUCUCCAGCUGACCGCUGUAAGAAGAUCCAUGCAGGAGAUGAAGUCAUACAAGUCAAUCACCAGACUGUGGUGGGCUGGCAGUUACGUAACCUGGUCGGCUCGCUGAGGGCUGAUAAAGGCGUCGUGUCCCUGACCCUGAAGAAGCGUCCGCAGAGCACGCUCAGCUCCGCCCCUGCUCUGCUGAAGAACAUGCGCUGGAAACCCCUGGCUCUGCAGCCAACCAGAAGCCCAGGCAGUGGUUCGGGCACACCCUCAGGCACACCCACUAAGAGCUCUGCCCUCCAGGACCUUUACAUUCCACCUCCACCUGCUGAGCCAUACACACCCAGAGAUGAGACAGGAGCCUUGUCUGGAGAUGAGGCAUCUCGUAACCACGGUGGCGUCAGCGUUGCUAAGCGCUCUGAGUCACCAAACUCCUUCCUGGAUCAAGAGUCUCACCGGCGAGAAGAGGAGGAGUCCGUGUACUGCACCACACCUACAUAUGGCAGGCUGAGGCCCAUCUCCAUGCCUGUGGAGUGUAACUGGGUGGGCGACUAUGAAGAUCCAGCCAAGCUUAACAGAGAAAGCCGCCGAGAAGCGUCAAUGAUGCGUUACGUGGGACUGUCCGGCAUGGACGAGAGGACCAGCUCUGAUGACUACUCCUGCCACACGGCUCGUCCAGGCAAACGGAGCAAUGACACAGCCAAACGUGCCAAAAGGCGGAGCCACCACAGCCAAAGUCCCUCCCACUACGUCCUCCAGACAAAUCAAAGAGAUUCUCCUCCGAGAGAUUCAGCCUCCAUUUAUCAUACAUACCAACAGUCCUCCUCUCUGCAGUCAAAGAACAGGAAGAAGAAUAAAGGACGGAGUUUGGCCUCCCUGAGUCGGAGGCGUGUUUCCUGCAAGGCGCUGGGCAGAGGAGACUGCGAGGGCUGGCUGUGGAGAAAGAGAGAUGCAAAGGGUUACUUUUCUCAGAAAUGGAAGAAGUACUGGUUUGUUUUGAAGGAUAACUGCUUGUACUGGUACAUCAAUGAGGAGGAUGAGAAGGCAGAGGGUUUCGUCAGUCUUCCAGAGUUUAAGAUCGACCGGGCCAGUGAAUGUCGCAAGAAGUAUGCUUUCAAAGCGUGUCACCCCAAGGUCAAGAGUUUCUACUUCGCAGCAGAUGGAGUGGAUGACAUGAACAGAUGGCUGAGUCGUCUCAACCAGGCCGCCGUGGGCUACGCCGAGCGAGAGAGGAUACGCCAGGAGCAGGAUUACUGGAGUGAGAGUGAACAUGAGGAUGACACCACCUCCAGCCCCAAACAGGACAGUCCCCCACCUCCAUACGAUACCUACCCACGGCCUCCAUCAAUGAGUGCCUACUUGGAAGGCCGGACCACUCGACUGUCUUCCACAGAGACGUCUCGAUCACGCUCCUCUCAGGAGGACUUCCUCUGUGGCGAGCCCCCAGCGGUGGCUGCAGAGCCGCAGUACCAUCCCGGUCCUUUAGGUGGAGGCAACACACACAGUGGGAGGAAACCAGGAGGCAGCAGCAGCAGCGACGUGCAGUACAGAUGUGAUCCUGUAGAGUACCGAUCCAGUCCCGCAGGGGGCAGCAGUGAGACAGGGUCUCCUGGCCGCUCUUCCUCAUCUCAGAGACGUUCGUGGCAGGACCUUAUUGAGACACCGUUGACUGAAGCUGGACUGCACUACCUACAAACUGGGCCAUUAGAGGACGCCGUCUUCGCUGAGCCCGGUCCGGGCAGUGGGACUAUGAUGGCCGGUGCAGUUUACACUCUCCCUGCACAGAGGAAUGUCCCGUUGCCCAUGGCGAUGCAGAGGCUGAUUCCUAUGGCAACCCAGGGAGGGAAACCCCGCAGCUUCACACUGCCACGAGACAGCAACCUACACACACUCCUCGCGGCCCCUGCGAAAGAAGAACAGCAAACACACAACGGCGGCAGUGAGGGUGCAUCCCUGGGCGACCUGUUUCGUGCUUGUGAGCAGGGUGGGGUAUGUCCACUGGGUCGCGGGUCGGAUACCAAAGGUCAGUCAGAGUGCAGGCAGUCCUUUCUCCGACGGGCCGCCGACCCUCAGCUCAAUGACCGCCUGCACCGCCUCCGCAUACUGACCUCCACACUGAAGGACAGGGAGGGGGAGCUAGCGCUGAUUGACAAGCUGUUGGCCAAUCCCCAGCUGUCGUCGGCAGAGUUCCAGGAGUGGAAAAGAGCCUAUCAGGAGCUGUUCUCUCAGGAGCCUGACUCGACCGCCGAAUCAGACCCCGGCCCGCCCCUCACCCCCUCGCUCUCUCACACACACUCCUACAUCGAGACCCACGUCUGA